AUGCUCAGCACGGAAACACGAGUGCAGCAGACGCCCUGGACCCAAUCCUUUCCAUCCCAAGUCGCUGAUCAGCCGAGUCUGACGAAGCUCUUUCACAGGCCACAUGAUCUUCAUUCAGCCCUACCUUCUCCUUGCUUGCUCGCUGACUCCUCCUCCGCCUCCUCCUCACCUUCUGCCGAUCCUCGUCAUCUGGAAAUGCUGAUGAUGAUGACGCAUUUUCAAAAUUCCUCAAAGCGCCGAGUCCUAUUCAACAAGUCUCAAAUUGCUCAUUUGGAGAAACGCUUUCGGAAACAGCACUACCUCACAGCUCAGGAACGCGCCGAACUUGCUCACAGUAUCGGUCUGACUCCUACACAGGUGAAGAUUUGGUUCCAAAACCACCGCUACAAAAUGAAGAGAUCCACCUCUGAUGGCACUGACAGUGCUUCUGUUGUCGGCACGUCAUCCAACUGUGUCCAUGUGCCACCAGAAGUCUCGAGGCAUUGGGCAAACAACAACGCCAGUAGCCUAGACGUUUCACUAAGGCGAGAAGGCAGUCCAGCGGCUUUAUGGACAGUCCCAGACGGACAAACAUUGCAGCAACAAUCCUUGGCACAACUGCAAGCCUCAUCGAUGCCUUUGCCAGCACCGCAAACCUGGACAGAGGAAAGAAGGCUGCGGCGAAGGCACGUUGGUGCAGAAUAG